GCAAACAAACGUAGCCGUUGCACAGUCCAAUGCAAAGCAAUCCGUAGCCAAUUGGCGCAUGAUGGCGGCCGCCAUGCGAUGCGUCCUCGUGAGUUUUCGACUGGUUAAAAAUUCUGGUACUCCAAGUGUCUUGUGUCAGAGAUUAUGCAGCCAGACUUCAUUGUCCGCGGCAGGAGAAGUAGCCCUUCCAGCAGCUGACGGCGUAGCACACACUACCCCAUCGAGGCCGCCGUUGCCGCUUGUGAUUAAGCGAGAGCUUGCCCACCCGUCCAAGUUCACACCGAACAGGGAAGCAUGGGUUGAAAACUUGGACACCAUAGAAUCAGAGAAGCUGGGCCUGAUUCCUCUUCACCCAAAAGUCUUUGGAGUGUUUCCCAGGAUUGACACGCUGCACUGGAACAUAAACUGGCAGCAAAUAUACCAGAAAGUGGACUGGACUACAACCGAGUCUCGUGCCGAACGCAGAGGCGGUGGCCGGAAGCCAUGGCCACAAAAGGGCACUGGCCGAGCACGGCAUGGCAGCAUCCGGUCACCCCUGUGGAAAGGAGGUGGCAUAUGUCAUGGACCUCGUGGACCUAGGACAUUCUACUACAUGCUGCCAUUCUUCCGGCGUGUCCAAGGUCUCACCAGUGCACUUUCUGUCAAGUUUGCGCAGGAUGACCUGAAGAUAGUUGACAGCUUGGACAUCCCAACAAAUGACUCCAAGUAUCUGCUGAAGCUCGUAGACGAAAGGCUCUGGGGGCCCUCGGUGCUGUUCGUGGACAACACGGAUUAUGUCUCUGAAAACAUAGCUCUGAUUUGCGAUGAAGUGAAGCACUUCAACAUAAUGCCCGUUUAUGGACUCAACGUGCAUAGCAUGUUGAAGCACGACACACUCGUUCUGACCCUCUCUGCUGUCGAGGAAAUCGAGAAGAAGCUUCUCUAUCAGCUGAACCGAACCGACGGCAAAGAGGUGGCACAGCGAGACCACAGAAGGCCUUACUUGUAAAUCGUCCCAUCUUCUGACAGUCUUCAUUGUAGGUACUACACCGAUAAAUUUAGGCAUUCAUAUAAAAAAUAAAUGUGCAAGUCUUAAAUUUC